AUGAGGGGUCUUACACUCUUGUCGCUUGUGCUCUUCCUCGGGGUCUGUAGCGCCCUCAGGUUUUCCCACUCGGCCAUCCACCCGCGGGAUCUUCAGAUUCAGCAUGGGUGGAGCAUCGAGGGUCGCAUCACCAACGGAAAUCAGGCGACCGAGGGUCAGGUGCCCUACAUCGUGGGAGUCAGCCUGAACAGCAACGGAAACUGGUGGUGGUGCGGUGGAUCCAUAAUUGGACACACCUGGGUGCUGACUGCGGCGCACUGUACCGCUGGUGCUGAUGAAGCCUCACUGUACUACGGUGCCAUUAACUACAACGAACCCGCCUUCCGACACACCGUCAGCAAGGAGAACUUUAUCAGAUACCCCCACUACGUCGGACUCGACCACGAUCUGGCCCUGAUCCGGACUCCCCAUGUGGAUUUCUACAGCCUGGUCAACAAGAUCGAGCUGCCCAGCCUGGACGAUCGCUACAAUUCCUAUGAGAACAGCUGGGUUCAGGCCUCCGGCUGGGGAGCCAUCUACGAUGGCAGCAACGUGGUCGAGGACUUGCGGGUGGUGGACCUGAAGGUGAUCUCUGUGGCCGAGUGCCAGGCCUACUACGGCACGGAGACCGCCUCCGAGAACACCAUCUGUGUGGAGACUCCCGACGGAAAGGCCACCUGCCAGGGCGACUCUGGCGGUCCUCUGGUCACCAAGGAGGGGGACAAGCUCAUCGGAAUCACCUCGUUUGUCUCCAACUACGGCUGCCAGGUUGGAGGACCUGCUGGCUUCACCAGGGUCACCAAGUACCUGGAGUGGAUCAAGGAGGAGACUGGCAUCUAUUAUUAAAUGCCUGAAAGGAGUUGCUUUCUUGGUUAACUUCUUUCUUUACGAAAUCAGUUGCUGUAUUUUUAAAUAAACAGAUUUACUCUUUCAA